GCUCGCACACCUUCAAGAGUGAUGCUUGGGUUACCAUCUACAGAGUCCCGACUCCCAAGUCUUUCGGAGCGACUACGAGCGGGUCUCAGGGGUACUGUUGUACGGGAGAGUGAUGACCCGCAUAAACGACGAGAAAGAAUGGGGAUAUGAAAACAAGGGGUUUGGCUCCGGUGAAAGAUAUAAAGGAAUCCGCCCCCUGACUCUUUUGAGUCUCUGCGGCGUCACGCUCGGUUGGACUCCGUUUCGGCGGGGCCUUGUUCGCUAUCAAGCCGGCUAUGGCGAUCUGCCCGAGGUUACGCUCACGUUGCCAGCGGUUACGCUCACGGAUACGGCUAGCGAGAGCGCUGCCCCAGUCCAGACGACUGCCCUUGACAGCGGGUCCUGCAGCCCAAUCUAUGUUCCGACGACAGUAACGGUCUUUACGGCUGGAUGUCCAUGCGAGCUGUCGUCAGCCACUACAGUCUCGGCUGUGCUGCCGACCCUCACUUCGCUUCGGUGGAACUACACAACGGCCCUUCUGCCCAACACGACCACUGUGUUCGAAACUGGAUCAGCGUUGCCGACACAGGGAACUCUCGUUGGAACCGGAGGAGCAUCUUCUUUGCAGACUCCAUGCUCCGGGCUAAACGGAACACAUGUGCCCAUCGCUGAACCUUCCUCUACAUUCAGCACGGCAUCUUCACUUCUUCCAGUUGAAACUUCUCAGGGCCAGGCGGGCCCAACCGCUCCGUCCUCUGUAAGCAUCAGCAUUAGUGUCUCAGCCGGAGCUGGGACUGGUCUCUCUGGAAACAGCUCAGCUGGUGUCCCAACUGUCUACGUCCCCAGUUUGACGUACGAGACGACGUCAGAUUCAGCUCCAACCACCACUGCAGACGUCUCCACGACAGCAGAUAUCCCCACGACAACAAAUGUUCCCACCACAGAAGAUGUCUCUACGACAGCUUCCGACUCUAGCACCUCAGUUGCCGUGGAGACAGAGAGCAUCUCCACCACCGGCGACAUCCUCGCCACCUUCAUCAUCCCAGGGGAAAGCAGCUCAGGCAAACCCUCCGAGUCCACAUCCACACCUGUCUCCCCCACCGUGACCCCUUCCUCAUCAAGCGAUGACCUCCCCGUGUACGGCGGGUAUACCUACGCUUUCAGCAUCCCUUUAGCAACUACCGUGACCAUCACCAGCACCGCCACCACUACAACCACCAUCGCCGCCGAGAGCGCCUCCCAAGACAGCAUUGCCGAACCUGUCUCGGGCUAUGGUGGUGCUGUCGAAACUGGAGCCAGUAGUGUUGCCCCCGCCACCGGCACCCCGGUCUCCGUGCCGGCCGGCCCAAGUGGCACAACUGCUGCUAGUGAUGGUGGAAGUGAGGGCAGUGGUGCUACUAGUGGUGGUGCCGAGGCGACGCCCACGACGUUCCAGACCCAGACCCAGUCCAGAGCGGCUGGUACUAGUACUAGUACGGGUACUGGGCCAGUGACGAGUUCCGCCUCGAGUGCUGAGGGUGGUGACGGUGACGGUGAUGGUGACGACGGUGAUGGGGGAUAUGGUUAUGGUGCGUAUGGGUCUGGCUAUGAUGACUCGGAACGCAACGGGGAUGGUGAUGGCGGCGGUGAUGGCUAUGGUGUCGGUGAUGAUGAUGGUGAUAGUGAUGGUGAUGAUGGGUAUGGUGACGGUGACGGUGACGAUGGCUAUGGUUAUGGACUUGGAGACUUCCUCAACAGGCUGCUGGGGUAACGGCCGGUGGCUGGCAGGACAAGUCUCUCACGCAGCAACAGAAAAGGGGCUGGUGCGAUGUUGAUAUGUAUCAGGAGUAGUACUGAGUUGCAGACGUGAUAGCUUGUGGGCAGGGGCAGGAACUUCAGGGGUUCAACGUGAGUCUGGUUGUGUUGUAAUCAAAC